AUGAAGAUCACGUUCAAGGAUCUCAAGCAGAACAAGUUCGUCAUCGAGGCCGAGCCUUCGGAAACGAUUGGCGCGCUCAAGGCCAAGAUCCAGGCAGAAAAGGGUUGGGAGGUGCCCCAGCAGAAGCUCAUCUACUCUGGCAAGAUUCUACAGGAUGCCAACACAGUCGAGUCGUACAACAUCGAGGAGAAGGGCUUCAUUGUGUGCAUGGUCUCCAAGCCAAAGGCCGCUGCUGGUGCUGCAUCGUCAAGUAAAGCCGCGCCCUCGACGCCUGCUCCAGUAGCAGCCCAGACGCCCGCCGCCCCCUCCGCUCCAGCACCCUCAUCAAACCCGCAGAAUGCGCCAGCUACUCCCUCGCCCGCGCCGGCCCAAGCCUCCGGUGAGCGCUUCAACGACCCCUCCGCUCUGACCAUGGGCGGAGAGCGCGAGGCCGCUAUUGCCAACAUGGAGAGCAUGGGUUUCGCAAGGGCUGACAUUGACCGCGCCAUGCGCGCCGCCUUCUUCAACCCCGACCGUGCGGUCGAGUAUCUGCUGACGGGUAUCCCCGAGAGCGCGCUCCAGGAGCAAGCCCAACAAGCACAAGCUCGUGCCCCGACAUCGCCCACGCCUGCCGGCAACACAGGUGCUACCGCUACGCCCGCCAACGCACCGUCCGGAGCUGAUGAGCCGAUGAACCUGUUCGAGGCUGCUGCUCAGGCUGCCAACCGAGAUCGCCCGAGCGGUGGCCAGCGCGGUGGUAGUGCUCCUGGAGCCACUGGCGGGGCUGCCCUCAACGCAAACUCGCUCGACUUCCUGCGCAACAACCCUCAGUUCCAGCAGCUACGACAGGUGGUACAACAGCAGCCACAGAUGCUUGAACCCAUCCUCCAGCAGGUUGGCGCCGGCAACCCUCAGUUGGCGCAGAUGAUAGCGCAAAACCCCGAGCAGUUCCUGCAGCUGCUUGCAGAAGACGCUGACGAGGAUGCACCGCUGCCGCCAGGCGCCCAGGCCAUCUCCGUCACCGAGGAUGAGCGCGAGGCUAUCGAACGCCUGUGUCGCCUCGGCUUCGAGCGCGACCUAGUCAUCCAGGCCUACUUUGCGUGCGACAAGAACGAGGAGUUGGCCGCCAACUUCCUCUUCGACCAGCCCGAUGAUGCCGACGAUCAGUAGUGGUUCGCCAUGUUCUGUGCCAUGAUUGUGCGACGUCACCAUACCCCAUAUUGCCAUUCCCCCGU